CCCGCAAUCUUGCUGCAUGACGGCCCACUAUGUACGCUAUUACCGAGUCCAGAAAAAAAUAAACCACCGGAAAAGCCAAAGCGCAACACUCGCACUGAUAUGACUCCGGCCGAAAUUGACUUUGCGGCAGAAGCGCGGGCUAUAUGUCGAGCAAAUGACGAUGAUGAGCGCAACGGCGGAGCUUGUAGUGUGGGCGGACACGCGCCAAAACGCCAAAAGACGGAGAAGCAGUCGAGUACUGAGGGUAGUCAGAUUGUCGCGGCAGUUAUAUCCCCUUCCCUUGUCCUAAAGCCGUCGCGUGGAGGGAAUCGCGAAAAUGUUCACUCCACGGAUGCAGAGGUCUGCUCAAACUGCGAAGUAACGUACCGAAAUCGUGGUAACCAAAGUUCUCGCGAAGCAAUGCAGUCGGCGGAUUGGCUCUUUCCUAUUAAGAAAGAUGGCGCAACUUCUUCAACGGAACUUACCAAGAACGACGCGCUGCUGUCGGUGACCGACCUUGCGGCUUCGACCUCGAGAGCCGCCAGCGGAAGUUCGAACACAGGACAGGGAACGGACAACAACUCGCUAAGAUCGGGGACGACGGUAGUAAAAAAAGAGAAUAUAGCGAAAAGUACGGCGGAGAACCUAGAUGACAGUUUGGCGCUACCCGUCGAGUCUACCGAGCGAAUGUGGCAAGUACAGCGUAAACGCAAAGCGCGAAGCCGCGCGCGAGAAAUGGAAGCGGCAGAGCACGUAGUUAUGCAAAAAGUUAUCGACGAACGACGGGGUAGAAUUACCCAGCAACAAAUAUGGGCGCGACUAAUUGAAGCUGGCGCGCUGACUAACGCUGCUUCCAAAUAUGACCCGAAGUCGGCGGCUGCUAGAAAGUAUGUUUCGCGGCUUAUGGGUGGAUGGGAGGUUCGAAAUACUGCGACGCAGGACGUGCGGGAUAUCGACGCAAUUCCACGAUCAAAACCGAACUUUUCAGGCAACACAAUGGGGAACUUGAAACGAUUCGAAAGCAUCCUAAGGACGUGGUGCAGUUUUCACCUGACUAAGAAGAAAAUCCGCAAGUUUAUGAACUGGAACGAAAACGCUGACCUUGCUGGGUGCGUUGACCUUGUAUCAGUCGAUGAAGUGCCUGUAUUAAAGUUCUAUGUGCCGACUGGCGGCUUCGACACCUGCGUAACAGUCACCGAAAAGGGAGAAUACUGCCAAGAACGCGAGAAUAACUCGUCGCACGGAUCGGUUAUGGCGUGGGCCUGCAGUAACCCCGCGCUUCGCAUUCCCCCACUUGUCGUGCUCAGUCGUGACUGGGUUAUUGGAAAGUCGCAUCGACUAGAGACGCGCUAUAAAGACUGUGUCCACGCUAUCGGGCAUUUUGGAACGUGUGAAGUUAACCCGGCAAACGCGCGAAACGGUUACGUAACCCGGGACAUGUUUUGGGACGCUCUGAAUUCGUUUGGGAAGAAUAAGAGGACGAUCGUCGGUUGGAACAAGCCGUGCAUUUUACUCUUCGAUGAGUGUAAUAGCCACUCCUAUACGGACGUAGAGUCGGACUUCUUUGUCCAAGAGUAUAAUAUCUGGUUUGUCCGAAUCGGG